UCGGCACAAGACAAAAAGAAGAAAGAGAGAUCGGUCUGAUCAGAUCAGAUCAGAUCGGGUCAGAGAGCAAGGGCGCAGAAGGAUGGCAGCAAUGGCGGCGCCCGCUACUGCGGCAUCUGAGCUCGUCGCCAGGGGGAGGAAAUCGGCUGCCUCUCUGCGGGCCAUGCUCGGCCAGCAGCAGCCGGAGGGUGGCGGCGCAGGCGCAACGCCCCGCGGCCUUCAGGUUCAGGAUCUGGUCGAGCAGAUCCUCCGCUGCUUCGACCGAGCUCUCGCGGCGCUGCGCGCUGCCACGGACACGGAGGAUGCUGCGGCUGCCAGCAGCGCCAGGAAGCGCCGCAAGCCGGAGCAGGGCGCGGUUGAUCCCACUCCGGCGACGAGUUCCAACUCCAAGAGGAUGAGGAGGCUGAGCGGUGGCGAGAGGGCGACACGAGCUGAGAAGAGGCCGACAAUGGAGGACGGCUUCGUCUGGAGGAAGUACGGGCAAAAGGACAUCCGCGGCAGCAAGUUCUCGAGGCUCUACUUCCGCUGCAGCUACAAGGACGACCACGGCUGCAUGGCCAGGCGGCAGGUGCAGCGGUCGGAGUCGGACCCCUCCGUCUUCCUCGUCACCUACUUCGGUGAGCACACCUGCUGCCGCGGCGACGACGUCGGGCAGUCGCCGGCGCCGUUCGUCAUCAACUUCGGCGGUAGCACGAGGGACGGACAACAACUUACACGCGGUUCGCCCUGGUCGUCUUCCUGUGACGGCGACGGCGGCCUGGUGGUCAGCGAGACAUCAGAUUUGUGCCACUCGCCGGAGGAGAAAGCAGAGCUGCGAGCGGGCACGGGCAACGUGGCUGAAUCAAGCAGCGAGCAGUCAACGCCGCCGCCACCGCCGGUGCCGGAGCUGACGAGUAUGAGCUCGCCGGAGGAGGAGUGGGAUCCUUUGGACGGUUGCUUGGUGUGGGACGACAUGGGCCUCGGCGAGAGCUUGUUUGACGACAUUGUUGACGAAUUCGCCCCUCUCGAUUACGCUGGAUUGUUUCAAUAGGAGCUUAAUUUGAUCUGUGCAGUCCUGUCUGUACUACUAGUGUGUACGGCAGGUGAAAUCAUCUGUUAGUUGCUUUGUCACUAGUCUCAUCAGGCUUCUUAAAUUCAAAGAGCCAAAUUAUGGCGUGAGAUAACGAGAGGGGUAAUAAACAUUGUUGGUCCGCGGCUUCGCG